CUGCCGCCGUCCGCGUUGUGUCUGUGUUGCCUGCCCCAGUGUUUCCGCUUUCUUUCGUUGUAAUGUUACUUUUAGUUUGAAUUCGGAGCCUCGACGAGCCGGUUGGAAGCGAGAUUUUAGUUUAAUUCUGCUUGGGUGUGUGCGUGUUUAGUUUAAACGAAAUUGAAAGUUGUACACUUUACUACCCCCGAAAAAGCGAAGCACAGCAUAAAAUUGUGCGCUCAUACGCGCGCGUUUGCGACUGUGUGUGUGCGUGUGUGUGUGUGUGUAUGUGUAAACGCGAGCGUGUGUUUGCAUUAGUGUGUGUGUGUGCCACGCCACGCCACACCAACGGAAACCAACCCCCACCAACAACAGAAUAAAACAAGAAAACAACAACAAACAAGCAAAGUUAGCACCACCCACUCUUGAAAAACUGCCGCAUAGAGUUCGGCGUCAUCGUCAUCGCCAUCGCCGUAGCCGUAGCCGUUGUUACCGUUUCAUCAUUGCCUGUGCCCUGUGCCGCCUGUCUCUGGUUUCGGCUUAAUAGCGAUCGGAUCGUGUUGUGUAAAUUGUGCAAAAUAUACAUACAAAUAUCUACUAAAGUGUAACGGAUAAGUGAAGCAAACCGAUUUGAGAAUACAAGAUCCGCUAUUUGCCGAGACGAGGCGAGACCCCCGUCCGCCCCCAUCCCGCCGUGACAACCGCUAGCUUACAAACUGCUAUGAUGAAUUUCUCCGCGUUUGGUGGCCCGUUCUCUGGCAUACAUCAAUUCGCCGCUAAAUUUGAUGCACAAACGCCGGGUGCAUUUGGAACGCCGCCUGCGAACGCAGCAGCCGCUGCAGCCGCAGCAGGAACCGAUAAUCAUGUACAGCGCUAUCAGACCAAUGGCAAUCAUUUUAAUCAGAAUGUGGCCAACGUUUCGGCAGCAAAUAACAUGCAAUAUGGUCAGAAUAUAUCCAUACCAUACUCAUCACAGCCGCAGGGUGAUCUAAAUUUUCUAAAUGCAGCCGCUGCAGCCGAUCAUAAGGGUAAAAUCCAUCCAAAAAUCGAACGUGACCGGGAAGAAGUUCUCAAUCAGCAGAUCUUACAGAAUGUCAAUCAGUCGUGGCAGACGCUGGCCAACACGGCCAACACUGUGGACUAUUCAUCGCACUUGCUUUCCGCAACACUGCCAAUCUCCAUUCAGCACUUCCUCAAGUAUUCGGAGACCAUCAAGAAGGAGUCCUCUGGCGAUGUCCUGAAGAAUGGCACGAAUUUGGCCAGCCUGGCGCUGGGAGGCGUGGCCCUCACGCCCAGCAAUAAUGGUGCGAACGGAGGCCACCACAAUGGCGGAUUGGUGGGAAUGGAUCACGGCGGUCACAUGACCAACAUGACGGACGCGAACGGCACAUCGCUGACCAAUGGCGGGGCCAGCAAUGGCGUCAACGGCAAUACCAAUGGAGCGGUCGCCAACGGUGGAGCUGGGGCAGUGUCCAGCUCAGGGUCAGUGGGUACCACCAACGCGAGUGGGGGCACCACCACAGCCAGUGGCAAGAAAACCAAAAAGAAGAAACCACCAAAGGAGAAGAAGCCACGCCCGAAGCCAGGCGAGAUCCGAGAAACGAAAGCGCUGGACGGAUCCACGCUCUACUGCUGCCCCGAGUGUCAAAUGGCAUACCCGGAUCGGAGCUUAAUCGAGCAGCACGUCAUCUCGCAUGCCGUGGAGCGACGCUUCGUUUGCGACAUUUGCAAUGCGGCCCUCAAACGCAAGGACCACUUGACCAGGCACAAGCUAUCCCACAUACCGGACAGGCCUCAUGUGUGCAAUAUCUGCAUGAAGUCCUUCAAGCGCAAGGAGCAGCUCACUUUGCACAUUGUUAUCCAUUCCGGCGAGAAGAAACAUGUUUGCAUUGAGUGUGGAAAAGGUUUCUAUCGCAAGGAUCACUUACGCAAGCAUACGCGCUCCCAUAUUGCCCGACGCGUCAAGUCCGAGGUAUCGGCACAGAACGUCAACGGAUCCGGUGGCAACAAUGCACAGAGCAAUGCACUACACGGUUCCUGAGGAUCGUACAAGGACUUUUGGUAAACUCUCAAACAAAUUUCAAGCCAUGAGGGCGGCCGAACUGUUGGCAAUACCAUGCGCUCCUCCGUAAGGAUCGUGUGGUGCUGGCAGCAGCUGUGCCGCCUUUGAAAUUUGUUGAAGAGUUUAUUAAAGGUCCUGCUGAGCGUCACCAAACUCCAACUCCAAUAACAAUAACCCUCUGAAUAAAAAGAUGUUAUACUUACAAUUUGCAAGUAUUAGUACGAUUUUGUUCACGACACUUUCAGUUCUUUAGCUUUAGUUCUUUCAGUUUAGAUUUUCGCACAAAAGUUAAGUCAAGUAUAAAGUAUAGAAGAGGAGAGGAGAGUAAAUGUACAAAACAAAACACAACACAACACAACAAACAAAUAUAUACGGAACAGAUUUAAAAAGAUUUCGAAAUUUAGUAAUGCGCAUAUUUUAAGAGAAAACCAUACCAUACCAUACCAUACAAAAAGUUACUUUCAUUUCUCUUUGAGGAUCUGUGAUCUGUAAUUGCUGCAUAAAAAAAGAAACAAAAAAACACAACAAUUGAUAAUUGAAAAACUAUCGAGCGAUAGCUGUUUUAUGAAUAAGUUUUUAAUUUGCUUAAUUUUAAUCAAUUUAUGUGCAAUUAACAAACAUUUUGAUUUGCCUUUUAGUUGUUUUGGUCGGCACCUCUGUUCAUCGCGAGAAUUAUGAAUUUUAUUUCGAGAAAAAACACUUGGCUUACAUGUGUACAUACAUAUCUAUGUACAUAUGUACAUUAUGUAUUGUAUGUAUGUGUGUGCAAAGGUCAAAAGAAUAAUUGUUUCAUUGAGUUGCAACCUACUAUUACUCACUCUUUUGCGCAUAUUAAUGAAGUAAGAAACCCUAAAAUGAAAUUUAUUUCUAGUCUUGUAUUUUAUUUUAUCCAUAGACAUAGUAGAGGAACGGAAUCCUCAGAACAAGCCCCUCAAAUUCGAGGUCAUGUAAUUUUAAGCUUUUAAACUUGAACGUUCAAAAGGAACGAAGGGAGAACCUCCUACGCGAAACACACACUAAACAGAAAAUGCAAUACAAGGAUACUUGCAUCUUUGCAUGCCCAACUUCCAGCCAUCGUCAUUCUUUAGAGCAGAGAACUACCAUUAGAGGAACUGCAACAAUAUCUAUGUGUAAUAUACAUUCAUACCGCGGUAGAUGCAGAUACACACACACACACACACCUAUAUCCAGCUUACCAAUCAAUAACUGAUAACCAACAAAACAAAUUAAAAAUAAGAACAAUAUAUACAGAAGCCACAGAUACCAGAAUACCAGAAUACGAGAUACCAAGAUAGCAGCUAGCACAGAAGAUCAACAAAUAUUGCAAUUGCUAACCAAUAACAGAAACAAUAACCGAGACAUAAACUGUAUAAAACAAUAUUUUUAUAUAUAUAAAUACAAAAGUAAAAAGGAAAACGGAGAGCAGAGCAUAUGACAGAACAGAAUAGGAAUAAAGGCAUAAAACAAUAACCGAAAUAAAGUGCAAACACUUCGUGCGAGUGACAACGUAAUUUACUGUUCAAAUACAAAGCAUUUUUUGAGAUUAACGAUAGACGUACAUACAUGAUUAAUCCAGUAAUCCAUAUGCAUACAUGGCUAUGUUUUACUCAUGAUAUGCAUCCUCGUCGUUCACUUGUAUAGUUAAUAUGACUGCUUCAAACUAAUAUACGCUAAAUUACAGAAGAUACAACUAGACUGUAAAGCGAACAACACACAAUUCCUUGUUUGUUUCAAUCACACACACGCACACACAGCUCCCAAAUGACCCUUUGUGCUCGAACUUGAACGGCGAAUGGUACAGUACCCCAUAGAGUUCGAGCCGAGAGGGUCAUUCAAUAUGCUAUGGUUCAAUAUUUAUUCGAAGAAGUACCUAUUCGACACCAGUCUUUGGGUUUACAGUACAGAGCAGAAUGGAAUGUAAUUCAAACACUUGCAGCGAAGUACAAAUAUAUUAACAAUACACACCUUCAAGAAGAAGCCCCCCACUAAACAACAGGCAACAAGCAGCCAAAUGCAUACACAUAGAAGUAAAUCGAAACGAACCACGAGAAAAAAUUAGCCAAAAGUAAAAAAAAA